AUGCAGCGUUCAAAACGUCUUAAUCUUGUUGAGUUUGAUCCGGAGAUUAAACAAACCUUUCAUCAAAGACGUCGUGAACAAAGAGCAAAAAGGGAACAACAACAAAGCACAAUGGACGACAACGAAAAUCAGCUUGUUCAAGUGGAGCGUACUGUUGAGAUCAAUGAGAGAGAUAUCUUGAUGGGAGAUUUCAUGAUGCCUCCAGUCGUUGAGAACCGGUCAAGCAUAGUUUAUCCUCCAUAUGGGCACGAUAACAUUCAGUUGAGACCGGAUGUGAUAAAUUUGUUCUCCAACAACAUUCCAUUCUAUGGGAGAAUUGAUGAAAAUCCACACUACCAUCUCUCUCGGUUUCUAGAGUAUUGUGGCAACUUUAAGUAUCAAGGGAUCAACGAAGAAGCAAUGAGGAUGCGACUUUUUCCUCAUACUUUGAAAGACAAAGCUCGGGAGUGGUUGGAUUCGCUAUCACCUGGUAGCAUCACUACAUGGGCUGAUUUGGUUCACAAGUUCACACUUAAAUAUUUUCCACCAGCCAAGAUCAGCAAAUUAAAGCAUGAAAUUUCGACUUUCCAGCAAGCUGAAAUUGAGAACUUUCAUGAGGCAUGGGAACGGUACAAAGAAUUUCUAAGGAAGUGUUCAAAUCAUGGGUUUUCUUUACCAGCUCAAAAUCACUAUUUCUAUGCCGGGUUAACUCCUUACAGCCGUUCGGCGGGUAGAUUCUACAGCAGGAGUUCAAAUAGGAGAGCAGCUAGAGUACACGAAGUGGAUAUGAAUACAUUGAUGUUGGCCAAGAUUGAUGCUAUUUCAAAACAGAUGGAAAACUUAAAAUACUCUCCAUCAGUUAACAUGGUGCAAGGAUCUCUUCCAGUUUGUGGCACAUGGCCAAGCAACACUAAAGUUAAUCCUAAGGAGCAAGCAAAUGCAAUCACCACAAGGAGUGGAGUGCAACUCCCGGAAAUCCAUGUUAAAAGACCAAGUAUGGAAAAGAAAACUGAUGCCGAAAAGGAGAUAGCAACUGAGAAUAAAGAGCCCGAAGAUAUAGCUGAACAAGAAAAAGUGGUUUCAUCACCAAUCAAGCCUUAUGUUCCACCAAUUCCAUUUCCUCAAAGAUUGCGCAAGCACAAGUUGGAUAAACAAUUUGAGAAAUUUUUGGAGGUGUUCAAAAAGCUACAUAUCAAUAUCCCAUUUGCUGAAGCUCUAUCUCAAAUGCCCAACUAUGCAAAAUUUAUGAAGGAGAUUCUAUUGAACAAGAGGAAGCUUGAGGAGCAUGAAACCGUGAUGCUAACAGAGGAAUGUAGUGCCAUUUUACAGAAUAAAUUACCACCAAAGUUGAAAGAUCCAGGAAGUUUCACCAUCCCUUGCACCAUUGGCAGCUUAUAUUUUGAACGGUCCUUAUGUGAUUUGGGUGCUAGCAUUAAUUUGAUGCCAUUCUCUAUCUUUCAAAAGCUUGGUUUAGGUGAAGCAAAACCUACAAGGGUGUCAUUGCAGCUAGCGGAUCGGUCCGUGAAACAUCCACGUGGAAUUGUCGAAGAUAUCUUGGUAAAAGUGGACAAGUUUAUAUUUCCAGCAGAUUUCAUUAUUUUGGAUAUGGCUGAAGAUAGGGAUAUUCCCCUUAUUUUGGGGCGACCUUUUCUAGCUACUGGACGAGCUCUUAUUGAUGUGCAAAAAGGAUAA